AUGGCGCCCCCAACCGAAACAAAGACGUACAAGUGCGACAAGUGUGGUCACACGUUCCAGAAAUUGAAGGGAUUGCUCCGGCAUCUAAGGAUAAACCACGGGCCGGCGGCGUUUCUGUACUGCCGCCACUGUGGGUUCCACGGGAAGCGCAGGGACCAUUUGCGUAGGCACUACAAGAUGGAGCACCCUGCGAAGCUGUCCGAGGUCUCAGAGAUAGACAUGGAACCGGAAAGAAGAGGGCGCCCCACUGCGGUGGCUGGCCCCGAACACCCCCCGAAGGAUGUACGGCUAGUCCAAAAAUCGUCAGAUUCCCAAGCCCCUUUGAAGGUUGUUGUGCCGUUGAACGACAAGAGUAGUCAGGAGGCCGUUGAUGACGGGCGUCCCGCCCUUAAAGGGCUGCCCCCCUGUCUGUCCCCUAUCCCUUCCUCUCCUCAACGCACUGUGGAGGAGGACUCCAGACCGCUGGAAGAUGAGACGCCAAAGAAGUACGAGGAUGACGCCAUCAGCCUGUCAUCCAUGUCCCCGCUGGAGUUAGACAUCGACGAGGAUCUAGAGAAGAUACCAGAGGAGCCGCAAGGAGAGACGCACGUGCCAGAGAAGAGGCAAAAAUCGCACGACAAGGCCCCAGCUCCUCCCAAGCCAGCAGCAGAUGCCCGACCCAAGGCAGAAAUUCUUCAAGGAAGCAGCCCCCCGAGAAGACGCGGUUUGAGCUUCAGAGCCCGAAAAUACCCAAAACUGGCCACCUUUGUGGAACACACGGAGACCAUCAUCUACGUGGACAACGUAAUCAUCUCCAGAUAA